GCGCCCUAACGCCCCCCUUGAUCGAGCCUUGAUCUCCACCAGGCGUGAAUUCACAUGUAGACACGUCGUGUCGGCCCAUGCCAGAGCUGUUCAUCAGAAACUGGUGCCAGGUUUCUUUUCAAACUAUUUGCCUGCGAACAUGAGAGUGCAUGUGUUGAAUAAGUGGGCGUGCUGCACAGCGACGCAUGAAAAACCACGCGCCGGGCCACAGAGAGACACAGCACGCGAAUUUACGCACGGCGGCACUCCUCAUUCUGGUGGAUUUUGUGUUUUGUGUUUUUAGUUUUCUGCUGAAAGCAGUAAUGUUUCCGCUGAGGGCUCUCUUCUCCAUUGGGCUGUUCUUGGUUCUCCUGAAGCUCCGACUCCUCCGGGCUUCUGGCGCCAAGCAGCCCGGCGCCGCGCCGCGGAUCGGCGGAGGGACGUUCAUCACCAGCGACGGGACGCGGUGCGCGUGGCGCGCGGGAGAAGCGGGGGAAGCGGUGAAGGUCCGGGUGAACUGCGAGAGGCAGGGCGGCGUCAACAAGACCCGCUGCGAGUACCUCGGCAGACCUCGGAGCUGUCCGGGUUACAACUCGGACCCCAAAGCCUUCUGGAAACAAGUGGCGCGCGCCUUCAAGAAGAUGCGGGAUAAAGUGUGCGUGGACGGUCGCGCGCUGGUGAAAGCCGGCAUGUGUAAGCACGCGCCCAGAGAUGCGAACCUCAGACUGGAUCCGAACAGCGUGAAAAGAAGCGCCGCUGCUCCCACGACGCCGCCCGUCCAGCCCACGAGCGCGACGUGCGUAAAGCGCGCGGAUCAGCGGAGAACAGCGGAGGAGUUCUGCAGCUCCUGGGCCAGCGUGUGCGCGUUCUUCAUGACUAUGCUGCAGAGCGAGGACUGCUAGCAGGACGGACCUCAGGACGACACACCAUUCAUUCAUUCAUUCAUUCAUUCAUUCAUUCAUUCAUUCAUUGACAUUUAUAUCUAGUAUUUUGCAUCCAGUUGGAAUUCCUGUUCCUAAACCAAAGUGUGUUCAAGGUCACUCUGAAAAAUAUGUCUUUUGAACCAUCUUUUUUUUUUAAAUUGUGUUACAGCAAAUUUGAUUAGUUGUGCUCAAGCUAUAAUUCUGAUUUCAGAAUUAUUCAAAUCUGAAUUAGAUCGAGCAAAACUAAUACAAUUAGCUGUAACAAAUUAGAGUCUUUUUUUUUUAAAGUCGGUUCAAGCAACCAUUUGUUUUUCAGUGCAGGUGAGCCUCAAGUGAGUUUUUUUGCUUUUCAUUCCAAGUCACAUUUUCUCUCCAUAUAGGGCCUUGCAAUAACAUCCAUACCUCUCUGAGGGCUUUACAUGAAACACCAACACAAGUAAUAAUUGUGAAGUAGUAGGAUAUCAGUUUGUUUUCUUUUACUUGUAAAACUCUGAUAAGUGUGGCGUACACAUAUAUUCAGCCCUCCUGAGUUGUAGCUUCAAACUUUUGCACGGUUAGAAACAUUUCUGCUCGUUCUUGUUUGGAAGAUAAUAGACUGAAAAAGGAAAACAGGUGACAACAUGGUCAGAAGUAAUCAAGGUCAGUUUAUCCAAGAAACAAAUAUAUUAAACAAAUGUAAAUAAAGUAAGCCUGACAAGCUUAAUACAUUGACAUGUGACAUAAUAACAUGUAUUGUUUUUAAGUUGGAACUCUAUUCUCUUUUCCAGUGUGCUUUGUUAUAUUUUAUUUAGGGGAAUGAGAGUAAAAUGGUCCGUUUACUAAAUGCGAGCCUCAUGUUUCAGAUUCUUAUUUGUAAAAAAAUAACGUGCGUCUUCUACUUUGUGGUUCUGUCAUACUGUGUUGGUCGGAUACAUGAAAUCCAAAUCAAAUCCUGUGAUGCUAUGGUUGUAACAAGGCAAAAUGUGGAAAAAAUUGUUAAGUGGUAAUAAUUAUUUAGCAAGGUAUUGUAAAAUAUUAGAUUGAAGCUGGUGGGGCCUUUUACAGUUAAUGUUAAAUAAUUUAAUGCUUCAUGCUGAUCCUAAUGGUAUUUGUUAAUAAACUACUUAAAAUGCA